AUGAAAGUUACUUUCAAAACACUAAUGCAGCAGACAUUUGUUCUUGACUUUCAAGAAGAUGAUCUGGUUGGCGACGUUAAAAAGAAGAUCGAAGCUAAAUGGGGCAGCGAAUUCGAUGCAAAGACUCAGAAACUAAUACACUCAGGCAAGGUGAUGGAAGAUAGUAAAUCGCUAAAAGAUUACAAAGUGACAGAAUCUGGUUUCGUUGUAGUAAUGUCUGUCUCAAAGCCAUCCAAAGAUACAACGAAAGAAGCUAGCGCUUCAGUCCAAAUUAAUCCUACUGGUGAAACAAAGCCAACAACAGACAAAAACAGCCCCGUAACAGAAGCAAAUGAAGCGCCGAGCAGUAAACCAGACUCAAAUCCCCAAUCUAACUUACCUACAAUUACAACAGCCCCACCUAGCGCAACAAAUACUUUGGGUUUUGGAGAGAGUUCCUUAGUUACCGGAGAGAACUUUGAGCGGGUUGUAAAAGAACUAGUGUCCAUGGGUUUCGAGAGAUCACUGGUUAUCCAAGCAAUGCGAGCAGGCUUCAACAACCCAGAUAGAGCAUUUGAAUACCUUUCGUCGGGAAACAUUCCUAAUGUUGACAUUGUUGAUCAGCCACCGCAAAGGGAAGAAAUUGAAAGUGUAUCUCCAGAAGGGCCUGGGGAUACUGAUACCCCAGGCUCUGAGUCUCUUGGCUCAGAAGACCCGAUCGCUGCACUCGCAAGUUUACCUCAGUUUCAACAAAUGAGAGCGCUAGUACAGGCAAAUCCAGAGCUACUGCCUCAGCUAAUCCAGCAAAUAGGGAAUGAUAAUGCAGAUUUAUUUAGACUCAUUCAAGAAAACGAACAAGCAUUUCUGGAAUUUAUUAAUACCCCAGUCACUGGUACUACUCGACCCGGUGGUCAGCGUCAAACUGUUCUUACUAUGACUGCUGAGGAACGCGCUGCUGUGGACCGUCUAAAGGCAUUAGGGUUCCCGGAGGAGUUAGUUAUCCAAGCAUAUUACGCAUGCGAGAAAAAUGAGGAUGCAGCUGCGAAUUUCCUGCUUAGUGAAAGUUUAGACGAUGAAAUGUUACUAAUGAAUUGAAUCGUACUAAAUUACUGUUUCUUCUUAACUGGCGCUUCACCAGCAGUAUAAAACCUGUCAUAAUCUGGUUUCAUCAGUUGAUUACGGUUUGGAUUUUUGACGAGUUGGAUUAUGAAGAAUACAUUGGUUAAUUGACCCAAAGUUCUUCGACACAAUCACAGAAUGACUAAUGUGGAAGAUAAAGUGGUUCAUUUAAAUAAUGAAAUAAUUGUACUAUGAGGACAAGUCAAUAGGAUACUUGUGAUUUUGAAGCCACUUUUCACCCAAUGUGCAGAGAGUCUACCAAUCAAAAGUAUUUCCUAUCGGAAUCGAUGAAACGUGGUAGAGUUUAGUGUUUUCAGGAAGCUUAAUUUUUCUAGACUUUUCAUCAACUUUUCGAUUUUGAUAUUGUAGUAAUAUGGCUGCAUACCUGAUUAUUACUGAUGAAGAUAUUCUCCAUCGUGAAAAUAUCCGAACUGAGAGUUUCUUUCUGAAUCUUAUCCAUAGCUAUAAAUAGUUUUAUGGAAAAUUCAUCAUCAGACAAAGUCUUUAUUUGUAAAUUCUGCGUAGGAUUACGAGGUUGGAAUUGCAUGACAACGAUCAUAUGAAGAACUCAUAAGUAGAAACCGUUACCUAUUUUGUCAUUCCUACUUUACUAGCUCACCUAUCAUUAAGUGAGGACGUUGGUUGUUAGAUCUUAUUGUGAGCAAAGAAAAAUAAAAUUUCGUUAAUUUACAUGUUAUAUGCAGUCUACAUUAGAAUAAACGAUUAGUUGGCACGUUUAACACUUAUUUUACAAAGCUAUUUGUGCUCCGCUUUUUAUGUGACGUAAUGUAAGAUUCACUCAGUCUCGGAUUUUGAGCAAAUGUUGUUAGUCGUUUUCUUCAUUCUGAAUGACUUGUCCCCUUAUAGUUACGUCAUCAUACUGGUAGUUAUUUUAUUCAUUUCGUACAUGUCCGCCGAAUUACCCAAGGUUAUGUAAUAGUAUUCAGUCAAUUAAUUUGACCAACAGUUCAAGAUUUAAAUCUGUCUAUUCGAAUAGAUUUCAUGCUGUUCUGAUAUUAUUUUAAUCAGUCGAUCGGUCAGCUACAACGUAGGACCAGGAACAUAGAUUCAUCGUUCGUAGUUGCCAUACCUCAUUGGCAUAACAAGAUGAACACCGAAUUCAUAGUAAGAGCUAAUUCAAUAGCAGUUAGAAAAGAUUUCACAGAGGAAUGUUAUAUAUAUACAUAUAUAUAUGUAUAAUUCUAAGAAGUCAAUGUGAAUAUACUGCUUAUUGUUACCUAAACAACUAAAUACUUGUCACUCGUUUUGUCUAUAAUGAUCAUGAAAUUACGGUAUUAAGUUCUUUUUUAUAGCUUUAUUCAUACUCAUCAUACUAGUUAUCUUUCUAUGAACUCGUAAUACCUGGAUCAUUUCUGAAAUCAAUUUUUUAGUCUAAAGAGGAGAAUAAUUUGGGCUGAUCAAUAUUUCUAAUUUUUCCUUCACUUUUCAUCCUUUUAAUAUCAGAAAAUACUGUGGAGUAGAGUAGAUUGAUACUAGUUUUAAUAUAAGAUGAAAAAAGCUGUACAACAAUUUUCUUCCACUGUUAUAACGGGAAGCAAUGAAAUUAUAACUUUGAUUCAGUAUAACAAACUUUUCUACACCAAUAAGUACAUUUAAAUAAAAGAUUAAGAAAGAAAAAUAAAUUUCAGCUCAUUUUGUAUGUUUAAUAUUGGAUAGUAGUAGAGUCCUUUUCAUUGAACAUGCUGGCGUUUGUCAUGAAUCACUAACCUAAUGUGUGAUUUUCUAGCAUUCGGACUUAUGGGUAUUGAGUUUAAAUCUCGAUGUGAACAUCAACAGUGAGAUGCAGGUGAUGUUUUUUUGAAGAGUCCUGUGUAAGAAAAAUACAGACGUUCUGUACUCUAUUACUAGCCAUAACCCAAAUAUUACUAAGACUCGCAACUAUAUUGGCAUCCACACAGAGUGAAUAUAUCCCAAAAGAGAUUGAUCAUUUUCAGUCCUAAAUAUCAGCAAAGGGAAGCUCAAGCACCUACAAAUAAAAUAUCAACCAGGCUGAAUACGUUAGCAGCUAUCUAGAAUCAUUUUCUUAAUGACUUGGAUUUGUAUUUGAAGUGGUAAGUAGUGUACACAAUUCAUAACAUAAACAGUGAGAAGCAAGUAAUACUUAGUUGGUAAGUCCAAAAUAUAAUCAGUGUGUAAUUACAAGCAUUAUCGUGGGGUUUGUUAAAAAAGUCUGUAAGCCAAAAGAAAAAGGUCGUUUCUGUCCAAAAUUAAAAGAACUGAACAGUAAAAACUCGACAUUUAGUAGUAGAUCCUGCUUCAGAGCUCCGUUUCUAUUUUGUGUUAGCAUUGCUUCACAUUUAAAUGAACCUUUGGAGAGUUUACUUUUUAUUUGCUCAUUUGGGGAUUGAAUAUUGGGGCACUUCCUUGUUUUUGAACACUAAGCUAUUACUCCCAUUGGGUUGACUUAAUUGGUUCGUGUGAAAUACAUCAGCACUAUUGUAUUACUCUUGGUUUUAAAUUCUUUGACGAUAGUUGGGUCAACAAAGUUCGGGUCAUUAUAAAGUGCAAAGUAAUUUUGAGUAGUUCUGCUUUUGGAACGGAUCUCAGAUCUAGCGGAGAAAUAACCUACUAUUUUCAUGAAACAUUUACUGUUGAUGAUUAUGAAAAUAAUUUGUAUUAGGAGAACAAAAGAUCUAGUGGUUAUUUAUAAAGUUCAUUUUUACAAUAAACCUAGAUCCAGGGUUGGUUGUGAAUUCUUUAAAAUAAUCUAACAUAGUUUUAAGUGUUUUACUAUGGAGACCUCAAAUCCAAAUUUCGGUAGACUUGUAUGUUUCCUGAUAAUAGAUUGUAAGGAAAUGAAAAAAAUAACCGUUUAAACAGAAAUAUAAAAUUCAAGACAACUCGAGGAAACAUAAGCCGAUGACUCAGUGAACACAAAGGCAGUUACGAUGGACGAGCUACAUGAAUUAGGUAGGUUGUGAAUUAUACGCUGAUUUAACAGUGAGUCAGUCUAAUUCCACCUAAGUUAUCAUUCAGAAAACCUCAAUUCAUUAGGACGAAAAUCAACUGUUAUUUCCUUAAAUGUUCGUAAAAAUCCUGACUGACUAUUUAAGCGCUAGAUUUAUACUGGUUUUAGCUUAACUUUUCAUAUACCAAAACCCUUAAGUGAUAUCUUCCCUUAUCCAGUCGUUAACACUAAGCGCAGAAAAUAUUCUCUCUUCAUAAUCCUACAAUCUAAAUAAGAGAAAUAUUACUUUUGUUAGUUAUCAGGUGACUCAAAGUUUGGAUUCGAAUAAAAUUCUAAUUCAUUGUUGAUUUUAAGUACUGUUGUAAAAGCAGUCUUUGGUGUUUUAUUCAGUCAACUGUUGAGAUGAGAAUAAGAAAAAAACUAACUGGUCAAAACUUAUCUUUACAAAUCGUAAAUAUUGUUCAUUAAACGGUUUCAUCAAAUGGUUGUUUCGUGGUACGUCGACAUAGUUUACCUGUAAGUUUUAUAUUAAUCUGUUAUUCGUUUUCUGAUCAUAACUAACAGACAAACUCUCCCAAAAUCUCAUUUUAAUAGCUUUUUACUUUAAAAAUCUUGUCGAGGAGAAAUCUGAACAGUUUGUGAUAAAGUAUAGGUAUUAAAAACCCGAAAACAGUGUAAGUUUCUUGCAUACCACAGUAAAUAUAAUAAUAGAAAUAUUUUACCUAAUUCAAUAUAAACAAUGACGUAGUUGAUACUUAUUGCAAUUCAUGUUAUUUUGAAUUGUAGUAUUACAUUUCACUUGUAUACUUACAUGUAGGCAUGAAAAGAAACUUUAUCAUGUCAAUCAUAUUAACACGGAAGAAGUAAAAUAACUGUACGGUUAGUGAAACAACACGGUACUCAUAGUCCUGAACAUUUGUUUGAAGUACACCGUGAAAAUAUUAUUUGCAAAUAGUUAACAUUUUACCGUCGUUCAGAAAUAUUUUAUAUUACCCGGUUUUUAAAUCUGUGGCUUUCCCGAUUUCCGAUUUAGAUGCUUAACUAAGAGACCAUCUUUUUCUUCUACUUACUGAGUAUGGUUAGUGAUGUAUGAUAUAUUGUUUCAUUAUAAUUAUAGUUAUUACUAUUAUAGUCUCCUUGAUAAAAACUUUAGAAAUUAGUGUGAUCUAUGUAUAUAAGUGAGUAGAUAGGACCAUCAUUCUUGACAAAUUUGGUAGUUAGAUUCGUUUGAUUUUCAUAUGGUGUUUGUCACUGACUGACUUCGGAGUAGUACCAUAAAAAAAGUCGGUAGUUGAUCCUUGGGGGGAUUGUGGGUGCGCACUACUAAGUAGACCUAUACGAAGAUGAAACAAAUGGUUUACAAUGGUAUCGUUAGUGAUAUCAGUGCGUAAUGGAUACCACUUAAGAAACUAAUUUGUUACUUUCACGUGAGCCUGUAAACCUUCGUUGCAGUUGCCUGCAAUGAAGAUGCAUUAAUCAAAUGAUGUCCCGAUCAUAUCAACAAGUAGGUAUGAAAAACAGUUUUAAUUUUCAUCAGACCUGAGGAUUUGCCGUAGUAUAUAUAUAUAUGCUACAACGCUUGCUUUAUUUAACUGUGUCGAUAAAACAAAAUGGGAAACUAAUGUAGCGUUAACGUUACGAUGAGUUUACUAGGAGAUUUUGUUGCUAGAAUGAACAAUAAAAUUCACCAAACUUAUUUACUUAGGUUGAGAGUAGUAAGUACUGUUUCUCUCACUACUUUGGUCAAAUACUUUGCGAAAACUUAUGACGCAUCUGCUGACUUAGUGUGCAUAUGCGGUGUGUAACUUUUUCAAAGGUUGAAAUCCCUCUCUAAUAGAUAGCCUACUGCCGUCUCUUACCGUUUCACAGGUUUACGUGUACGUCCCGUUUUAUCGCUACCCCAUACAUGAUCCUAUUUCAUCGUGAGGUAAGCUGAUGUAUUAUGAAAAUCAUAUCAAUAUUUCGUAUUUCCAUAUAACCAACAAGGAUUCUUAUGGUUACUGCCACGUUUCAAAUAACUAUGGUUAUGUGAAAGCGUCAACAGAAACAUCAGUUUUUUACGAAAAUUUGAGACGUGCGUAUUAAUUCGAUAUCUAUCGACGUAGAUGCAACCAUACCUUUAGUGUCUACUGAUACGAAACAUUUACUGAAAGCUACUAAUAACUUUCAUCUUUAUAUAUAUUUUUAUAAUGCGAAUAAUAAAUGUCAACUGAAUAUGGAUUGUUUUUGAGUCCGCAACGUGUAUAGUGUAGUGACCUACUUUUAUCAAGAGAACGCGAUUGGCGUAUUGGAAACAAUUAAUAAUAUAACCAAUUGUACCAGGGAUUGUUUUACCGUACUUGUUUGUUUAAGUGUACCAGAAUACAUACAUUCUUUCGUGGGUUGUGACAUUGCACGAAUUCGGUUACUCUCAGUAACCACACUUGUAACCUGGCACGACCUCGCUAUUCUUUCGAUACCACGAGAUCGCCAACAAAUAAAUCUCGACUACAGCCAUCAACUGCCUUCUGAUAUUUGGCCUACGGGGGAUCUUAUCGGUUAACCGGCACGCAGUCUUCCUGUAGUGGUGAUCAUAGUCAACCGCGACUCGACUCCACACAAUAUUUCACUGGUUUUUGUUAAGAUAGUUAACUUGAGUAAUACAAACCAGUACUUCCAACAUGCAGUUAGCUUAGAUGCACUUAGAAAAAAUGUGACAAACGAACGCUUACUUUUAAAAAAGUAGCUUUUCCACAAAAUGUAAGUGUUCAUCAGUAACGAACGAGUAAAGUUGGGUCGUUUAACGAAAGUUAUCCUACUAUGCUGAAACAAAUCUGUAAAAGUAAAACCAAAAUUACGAGACCUUUCUUCAAAUAGUAGCAAAUUAAUUAAUAUCUUAGAUGUUCCUUCAGCAUCACUUCCCAAAAUACGUUAGUUCAUUUUAAAAAAAUUAAUUGGGUAAUCAAGCAUAAUAUUUCUAAGAAAAGUCAAAAUAAUCACACGGGUGUUUAGCAUACUGUUAUUAUGGUAAAAAGGUGAAGAAAGUAGAAUAUAACCCAGCUAUAUAUAGCGCGAAAGUCAUCAGAACUAUUUCCGUGACGGUGGGUACCCCUGAUGCAAGAAACCAGACUAGCAGUGAACAGGUCUUUAUUUAGAUCGUUGGACAGCACAAAGUGUAGCGCGAGGAAACCUUUAUAAACACCUAGUGUUUAUAAAUUUUUAAUAUACAAUAAUAAGAAAUAUUAUCUUUACACAAAAUAAGGAAGUUAGUGAAUACUUGAGCUUUAGUGUUCUGAAAUUUAUUUAGAUGUUUUUGGUCAACUCCUAACCAUUAAACCUCAGUUGUUACACCAUCACAUUGUUAUGGCAGCCUCAUGCUUUUUCCUGGCAGUUGUAACAUUAGGCCUGAUGAAUAUUAUAUUUUGAGUCUUAAAGUUAUAGGACACAUAAGUGAUGUGAAGACUAAAUAUCUGAAACAUGAUUAUUAUCUUCCCAUGCCAGAAGAUUAGAUGUAUAUGCUUUUUAAGCAAACGAGUAUAGGUACAAUUUCUAAUCCUUUCGCCAACCACAAACAUGAAACAAACUGCUACAGAAGUUAUUGUUCCUGAGUACUUUGGUUUUCACUUAACAACGUGUAUUCAGUUAACUAUCAAGUACAUAAAUUAUGCAGAUCCCAGCAGUUAAGAUUUGUAGUGACUCACGUUUAUCACGAGAACACGACUGGUUUAAUAAAAACAAUUACUAUAACCAACUGUACCAGUGUUUGUUUUAACGUGCUUUUGUUUGACUGUGCUAAUGACAGCUAUUUUGUGCUUCCAUUAAUAUACUUACACUUUGAUUGUAACUUCGCGCGAAUUCGGUUACCUUCUGUAACCGAGCUUGUAUCCUGGCACGAUCUCGGUAUCCUUUCGAUGCCACGAGAUCGCCAGCAAAUAAACAUCGACUUGGUCCAUUAACUGUCUUCUGAUAUUUGGCUUCUCGGGGAUUUUAUGGAGUCAUUUGGAACGAGCUUCUUACGCCUUCUGAUCUAAUUGGCACGUGUUUCUUGGUAGCGGUGUUCAUAGUUAAUCUCAACUCGACGCCACGCUACAAUUGGUAAUCCCAAUUCAACUACAGAUUUAACUUACAUCUUUGGCAAUAUGUUCAUGUGCUAUAAUGCAUACGAAGACUAAAAUGAGAUCAGUCUUCGUUGUCAAUCCACGUAAACAGAUUACCCGGUGUACUGAAACAUAAAAUUACUAUCUAUGAUUGCAUUUAAUACUUUCCAACUUGUGUGCUGGUAUUAUUGUGCACUGUAACAAUCAAACCUCUAGUUUCCGUGUACGGCAAAUUGAUAGACUUAGAAGGCAAGGAAAAUGUCUAAAAACUAUACACCAAAAACCUACAAUGUGUUGUAAAUAUUUCAGUCGAAUUU